GGCGCCCGCGGACCCGGAUGCACCGAGCGGCUGUGGCGCGUUCGAGCCUGCCGCCGUUCGGACGCCUCGGAGCGCGGCCCGGAGGCUCAGGAAUGUUCUGUCAGUGAGUGAUUCGUAUGUGCGUGGUGUGCAUUGGGUUGCCACUUGGCUUCUUGGGCUGGAAUUCACCCGAGCUGUUGGGUGGUUCAGUAGCUCCUUUUCUUCAGUUGCUGAGUCUGUGCUCUGCUGUGAGCUCCACCAUAGUCUAUUUGUUCAUCAGUUUCAGGAGAACAAAUACUUUGGAUUAAAAAAGAGAGGUGACAAUGCACCAUGGAAAUGGCCCUCAGCAUGUCCAGCAUCAGCUGCAGAGGUCUAGGUCCUCCACUGGCAGCGAAGAAGAGCAGCCAGCUCACCCAAACCUACCUCCAUCCCCUGCAGCACCCUUCGCUCCAUCUGCCAGCCCGUCUGCACCCCAGUCCCCUGGCUACCAGAUCCAGCAGCUGAUGAGCAGGAGCCCUGUGGCUGGGCAGAGUGUGAACAUCACCCUGCAGAACGUCGGUCCCAUCGUGGGAGGGAACCAGCAGAUCACACUGGCCCCCCUUCCACUACCCAACCCUACCUCUCCAGGGUUCCAGUUCAGUGCACAGCAGAGGCGGUUUGAGCAUGGCUCUCCAUCCUACAUUCAAGUUACUUCCCCUCUGUCCCAGCAGGUCCAGACGCAAAGCCCUACGCAGGCUAGCCCUGGGCCAGGACAGGCCUUGCAGAGUGUGCGAGCAGGUGCUCCAACCCCUGGGCUUGGCAUUUGCAGCAAUAGCCCCACUGGAGGCUUUGUGGAUGCCAGUGUUCUUGUGAGGCAGAUCAGCUUGAGCCCAUCCAGCGGUGGGCACUUUGUGUUUCAGGAGGCACCAGGCCUCACCCAGAUGGCUCAGGGAGCACAGGUUCAGCUCCAGCAUGCAGGAGCUCCUGUCACAGUUCCAGAACGGCGACUAUCCCAGCCUCAUACACAGUCUGGAGGUACCAUUCACCAUCUGGGGCCCCAGAGCCCUGCAGCUGCAGGAGGGGCUGGUCUGCAGCCUCUGGCCAGCCCAAGUCAUAUCACCACGGCAAGCCUGCCACCUCAGAUCAGCAGCCUCAUCCAGGGCCAGUUGAUCCAGCAGCAGCAGGUGCUCCAGGGGCAACCUCUGAGCAGACCUCUGAGCUUUGAGAGGACACCUGGUAUGCUGCUCCCUGGGGUUGGGAGCACCUCAGCAUUUGGUAUGACGUCCCCACCACCACCAACCAGCCCGUCCAGGACUGCCAUGCCCCCAGGCCUUUCUAGUCUGCCCCUCACAUCUGCAGGGAGUGCAGGGGUGAAAAAGGCCCCCAAGAAGUUGGAGGAGAUCCCUCCAGCCUCCCAGGAGCUGGCGCAGAUGAGGAAGCAAUGCCUGGACCACCACCACAAGGAGAUGGAGGCGCUCCGAGAGGUCUUCCAAGAGUGUCUGAUUGAGCUGUUCUUCCUGCAGCACCUUCAGGGCAACAUGAUGGACUUCCUAGCCUUCAAGAAGAAGCACUAUGCUCCACUGCAAGCAUACCUUAGGCAGAAUGAUUUGGACAUUGAAGAAGAGGAGGAGGAGGAAGAGGAGGAGGAGGAAGAAAAAUCUGAAGUUAUCAAUGAUGAGGUAAAGGUUGUGACAGGCAAGGAUGGGCAGACUGGGACUCCCGUUGCUAUAGCAACCCAGCUUCCGCCAAAUGUUUCUGCUGCUUUUUCAUCUCAGCAGCAACCAUUUCAGCAGCAAGCCCUGACUGGGAGCCUGGUGGCAGGGGCUAGCAAUGUGAUGGAGGCUGACCCAUUCAAGAGACAGCAGGCUGUACCACCCACAGAGCAGUCUAAGAGGCCUCGACUUGAAGUGGGUCAUCCAGGGGUAGUUUUCCAGCACCCUGGGGCGAACGCAGGAGUCCCUCUACAGCAGUUAAUGCCAACCGUCCAAGGAGGGAUGCCCCCCACCCCUCAGGCUGUACAGCACACUGGGCAGAAGCAGAGCCAGCAGCAAUACGACCCUUCCACUGGGCCUCCUGUGCAGAAUGCCGCCAGCUUGCACACUCCACCACCACAGCUGCCCACGAGGCUGCCCCCAGCUAGUGUUCCUGCUGCAGCCCUCUCUUCCACUCUGCAGUUUUCACAGCAAUCGCAGGUGGUGGAGGCUCAGACUCAACUCCAAAUCCCCGUGAAGACUCAGCAGCCGAAUGUCCCUCUCUCUGCUCCUGCAACCAGCCAGCUCCCUGUUCCUCCUCCACAGCCUACACAGCCAGCUCUCCAUGUUCCAGUGCCUGGGAAGGCACAGAUGCAGGCAUCUCAGCUUUCAUCUCAGACACAGGCAGUGGCAUCAACCAGGCUUCCCCUGGACUCUGUCCAGCCCUGCCAGCGGUCUCUGCCUGCUUCUUCUUCCUCAUCUCUCACACCCGUGAGUGGCUCAGGCCCGGGGCCUUUGCCUGCACGGUCUUCACCAGUGAACAGACCCUCCUCAGCCACUAGCAAAGCACUGUCUCCUGCCACUUCUCGUUCUCCAGGGGCUGCGGUGCCAGCCCCCCCGAAGCCACAGAGCCCUGCUCAGAACGCUGCCUCAUCUCAGGACAGUUCUCAGGAUAAGCUGGCAGAGCAGAUAACACUGGAAAACCAGAUCCAUCAACGAAUAGCAGAUUUAAGGAAAGAAGGAUUGUGGUCCUUAAGGCGACUGCCAAAAUUGCAGGAGGCCCCACGCCCUAAAUCUCACUGGGACUACCUGCUAGAGGAGAUGCAGUGGAUGGCUACAGACUUUGCCCAAGAGCGGAGAUGGAAGCUGGCUGCUGCUAAGAAGCUCGUUAGAACAGUAGCACGUCAUCAUGAGGAAAAGAAGCUUCGUGAAGAAAGAGGGAAGAAAGAAGAGCAGAACAGAUUAAGACGUAUUGCUGCCUCAACUGCCCGAGAAAUAGAAUAUUUUUGGUCAAACAUUGAGCAGGUUGUGGAAAUAAAACUGCAAGUGGAAUUAGAAGAGAAAAGGAAAAAAGCCUUAAGUUUACAGAAAGUGUUCAGAAGAGGAAAAGAGUUGAGGCCCAAGGGAUUGGAUGUGUUACCUGAACACUUUCUGGAUCCAGGAAUAUCUGGAAGAAAAAGAAAAGCUAGCACAUCUUUGACUGAUGAUGAAGUGGAAGAUGAAGAGGACACCAUUGAAGAGGAGGAAGCACAUGAAGGGCUUGUAGACCACCACACAGAACUUUCUAACCUAGCCAAAGAAGCUGAACUGCCCUUAAUUGACCUAAUGAAGUUGUAUGAAGGUGCCUUUCUGCCAAGUUUUCAGUGGCCACAACCUGAACCUGAUUGUGAAGAGACAAGUGGAGAAGAGGAUAUGGAAGAGUGUCUGAGUGACCGGGAGAGCCAGAGGGCUUCGGUUCUCAUAGACUCCCUCUUUAUUAUGGAUCAGUUUAAAGCCACAGAAAGAGUGAACCUUGGAAAACCUAACACCAAGGACAUUGCAGAAGUCACAGCUGUGGCUGAAGCUGUCCUGCCCAAGGGCAGUGCCCGGGUCACAACUGCGGUGAAGUUUAAUGCGCCAUCUUUAUUGUAUGGUGCACUCCGAGAUUAUCAGAAGAUUGGCCUGGAUUGGUUGGCCAAACUCUAUAGGAAGAAUCUGAAUGGCAUAUUGGCAGAUGAGGCUGGGCUUGGUAAAACAGUGCAGAUUAUUGCUUUUUUUGCCCACCUUGCCUGUAAUGAAGGUAAUUGGGGUCCCCAUCUUGUUGUUGUGAGGAGCUGCAACAUACUCAAAUGGGAACUUGAGUUGAAACGCUGGUGUCCUGGGUUAAAAACCCUCUCCUAUGUUGGCAGUCACAGGGAACUCAAAGCAAAGAGACAGGAAUGGGCUGAGCCCAACAGCUUCCAUGUCUGCAUCACGUCUUAUAAGCAGUUCUUCAGGGGUUACACUGCGUUCUCCAGGGUGCGCUGGAAGUGCCUUGUCAUUGAUGAGAUGCAGCGUGUGAAGGGCAUGACUGAGAGGCACUGGGAAGCUGUUUUCACUCUGCACAGCCAGCAGCGCCUGCUUCUGAUCGAUGCACCACUACAUAACACCUUCCUGGAGCUCUGGACCAUGGUGCACUUUCUCAUCCCCGGGAUCUCCAGGCCUUACCUGAGCUUUCCCCUGAAAGCCUCCAAUGAAGAGAACCAAGAUUACUACCAUAAAGUGGUCAUAAGGCUCCACAGGGUGACACAGCCAUUUAUUUUGAGGAGAACUAAGAGAGAUGUAGAGAAGCAGCUGACCAGAAAGUAUGAGCACGUUUUGAAGUGUCGCCUUUCCAGUCGGCAGAAGGCCUUAUAUGAGGAUGUCAUUCUACAGCCUGGGACACAAGAAGCUCUGAAGAGCGGGCACUUCGUCAGUGUCUUGAGUGUCCUGAUGCGGCUGCAACGCAUCUGCAACCACCCUGGGUUGGUGGAGCCCCGGCUCCCAGGAUCUUCCUAUGCAGCUGGCUCUCUACAGUACCGAUCUGCCUCUCUCAUUCUCAAGGCCCUGGAGAGAGAGUUUUGGAAGGAAACCGAUCUUUCUAUAUUUGAUCUUAUUGGGUUAGAAAAUAAAAUCACUCGCCAUGAAGCGGAAUUGUUAUCUAAGAAAAAGGUGACUCGGAAACUCAUGGAGGAGGUGUUUGUGUCACCACCCCCAUCAACACGGCCAGCAGCAGUGAAGUUGAAGGCCAGCAGGUUAUUCCAGCCUGUGCAGUAUGGUCAGAAGCCUGAGGGUCGUACUGUGGCAUUCCCCACACACACACCCCGGACAGCAACUGCCAACACCACUGCUGCUGCUCCACAGGGCCAGGUUCGAGGACGGCCACCAAUUGCCACCUUUUCUGCCAACCCGGAUGCAAAAGUGGCAGCAGCCCCGUUUCAGACCUCUCAGGCUUCCGUCGGUGCGCCUCGACACCACCAGCCUGCCUCGACCUCCAGCACAGCAGCAGGCCCGGCCCAUCCUGUGAAACUGCGGGCCCAGACCAAUGCCCAGGCCUCCACCCCAGGCCCGCCCCCGCCCCCGCCCCAGGCCCCCUCGCUGGCUGCGGGUCCGAGCCCGCAGCCUCAGCGGCUGGUGCUCACCUCGCAGGCCCAGGCCCGCUUGCCCAGUGGAGAAGUAGUGAAAAUAGCUCAAUUGGCAUCCAUUGCGGGACCACAGAGCCGCAUUGCCCAGCCAGAGACACCAGUGACACUGCAAUUCCAGGGGAACAAGUUCACCUUGUCACAUAGUCAGCUUCGGCAGCUCACAGCAGGCCAGCCCCUACAGCUACAAGGCAGCGUCCUCCAGAUCGUGUCAGCCCCUGGGCAGCCCUACCUGAGAGCCCCCGGCCCCGUGGUGAUGCAGACCGUGUCUCAGGCGGGUGCUAUGCACAGCACCCUGGGAAGCAAGCCCCCAACUGCUGGCCCCAGCCCCGCACCCUUGACCCCACAAGUUGGCGUUCCGGGUCGAGUGGCAGUGAGUGCCAUGGCUAUAGGAGAACCUGGGCUGGCUUCUAAACCAGCCUCUCCUGCUGCAGGUCCCACUCAGGAGGAAAAGACCAGGCUAUUGAAGGAGCGGCUGGAUCAGAUGCAUUUUGUCAAUGAACGACGCUGUUCCCAAACCCCGGUAUAUGGCAGAGACUUGCUGAGGAUUUGUUCUCUACCUGGCAGAGGAAAGAGGCCUUGGCCAGGUUCUUUUGACAGCAGUUUUGGGAAUGGGGUUGGGUCAACGAACUGUUACCUAUUACCCUCAAAAAGUAAAGGUGAUCUGAUAUUAACACUGAAUCAGCGCAAAGAAUCGCUCCAGGAUAUUCUUGACAGGGUGGCCUGUGUGAUUCCUCCUGUGGUGGCUGCACCCCCUUCCUUGUGGGUGGCCAGGCCACCCUCACUGUACAGUUGUGGGCUCCGGGCCCUGAGGCAGCGCCUGAGGGAGCAUGCUGCCCCCUAUCUCCGGCAGCUUCAGCAGCUGACUGCACUGCGUUCUCUACAGUUCCCUGAGCUGAGACUGGUGCAGUUUGACUCAGGAAAGUUAGAAGCUUUAGCAGUCCUGCUGCAGAAGCUGAAAUCUGAAGGGCGCCGGGUGCUGAUUUUAUCACAGAUGGUUCUUAUGUUAGACAUUUUAGAAAUGUUCUUGAACUUCCAUUAUCUCACCUAUAUAAGAAUUGAUGAAAAUGCCAACAGUGAACAGCGGCAGGAACUGAUGAGGAGUUUCAACAGAGACAGGAGGAUUUUCUGUGCCCUUUUUUCUACCCAUAGCCGUGCCACUGGCAUAAACCUUGUUGAAGCCGACACUGUUGUCUUUUAUGACAAUGACCUAAAUCCAGUGAUGGAUGCCAAGGCUCAGGAGUGGUGUGAUCGAAUGGGGAGAUGUAAGGAUAUACACAUAUACAGGCUUGUAAGUGGCAAUUCUAUUGAAGAGAAAUUGUUGAAAAAUGGAACUAAAGAUUUGAUUCGAGAAGUGGCUGCUCAGGGCAAUGAUUACUCAAUGGCAUUUUUAACUCAGCGAACUAUUCAGGAGCUGUUUGAGGUUUAUUCUCCCAUGGAUGACGCUGGCUUUCCAGUGAGAGCUGAGGAGUUUGUAGUGCUUUCUCAGGAGCCCUCUGUGAGCGAAACCAUUGCACCCAAGAUUGCAAGGCCUUUCAUAGAGGCCCUCAAGAGCAUCGAAUAUCUGGAGGAAGACGUGCCGAGGUCUGCAGAGGAGGCUGUACCUGUACUGAGCACUGGUGUUAUGUUCUCAGACUCAGAGGGCCCUCGGUGUGAUGAGGAACCGUCGCAGCUGGAGGAGCUAGCUGAUUUUAUGGAACAGCUAACGCCAAUUGAAAAAUAUGCUUUGAAUUACUUGGAAUUGUUCCAUGCAACCAUUGAACAAGAAAAAGAGAGAAAUAGUGAGGACAUGGUGAUGACGUCAGUGAGAGACUGGGAGUCUCGCAAUGCCCAGAGCCUGCAGCAGAAGGAAGCCCAGCUGCAGCGUGAGCAGGAGGAGGCUGAGCUGCUCACCUAUACGAGGGAGGAUGCCUAUAGCAUGGAAUAUGUCUAUGAAGAUGCUGAUGGACAGACAGAAGUCAUGCCGCUCUGGACCCCACCCACUCCUCCUCAGGAUGACAAUGACAUCUACAUUGACUCCGUUAUGUGUCUCAUGUAUGAAACUACACCCAUCCCAGAAGCUAAACUGCCUCCCGUGUAUGUAAGGAAGGAGCGCAAACGGCAUAAAACAGACCCCUCAGCCACAGGGAGGAAGAAGAAGCAGCGGCAUGGUGAGGCAGUUGUCCCACCACGAUCCUUGUUCGAUCGGGCAACCCCAGGCAUGCUAAAAAUCCGACGUGAAGGCAAAGAGCAGAAGAAGAACCUGCUGCUGAAGCAACAGACACCCUUCGCUAAACCUCUGCCUACCUAUGUCAAGCCCUCUGGGGAGCCUGCCCAGGACAGCCCUGAGUGGCUCAUUGGCGAGGACUGGGCCCUGCUGCAGGCUGUAAAGCAGCUACUUGAGCUGCCCUUGAACCUCACAAUUGUGUCACCUGCCCACACACCUAACUGGGACCUUGUCAGUGACGUUGUCAACUCCUGCAGCCGAAUCUACCGUUCUUCCAAGCAGUGCCGCAACCGUUAUGAGAAUGUCAUCAUUCCCAGAGAGGAAGGGAAGAGUAAGAACAACCGUCCACUCCGCACAAGCCAGCUCUAUGCACAGGAUGAGAAUGCUACACAUACCCAGCUGUACACAAACCACUUUGACCUGAUGAAGGUGACUGCUGGCAAGCGGAGCCCUCCCAUCAAACCUCUGCUUGGCAUGAAUCCUUUUCAGAAGAACCCCAAGCAUGCCUCAGUGUUGGCAGAAAGUGGAAUCAACUAUGACAAGCCGCUGCCGCCCAUUCAGGUUGCAUCUCUCCGUGCAGAGCGAAUUGCAAAAGAGAAAAAGGCUUUGGCAGACCAGCAGAAGGUACAGCAGCCAGCUGUCUCACAGCCGCCCCCACAGCCACAGCAGCCGCCUCCACCGCCUCCACAGCAGCCGCCUCCUCCGCUGCCCCAGCCACAGGCAGCCGUCAGCCAGCCGCCAGCAGGGCCACCUGCUGUCCAGACCCAGGCCCAGACCCAGGCCCAGGCCCAGCCACAGCCUGUACAGGCCCCACCAAAGGGGCAACCCACAAUCACAACUGUGGGCAGUGCUGCAGUGCUGGCAGGAACCAUUAAAACAUCAGUUACUGGGACAAGCAUACCAACAGGCACCGUGAGUGGAAAUGUGAUUGUUAACACCAUAGCAGGUGUGCCAGCUGCUGCCUUCCAGUCCAUUAACAAGCGCCUUGCUUCACCUGUGGCCCCAGGAGCCUUGGCUGCGUCUGGAGCCUCUACUCCUGCCCCCGUUGUCCAUACCCAGCAACGAGCAGUUGGCUCCCCUGCUACUGCAACCACUGACCUGGUGUCCAUGGCAACCACUCAAGGUGUUCGAGCAGUCACUUCUGUGACUGCCUCAGCUGUGGUCACUACGAACCUGACUCCUGUACAGACUCCAACUCGGUCUUUAGUGACCCAGGUGUCCCAAGCCACAGGGGUUCAGCUUCCUGGAAAAACCAUCACCCCUGCCCACUUCCAGCUCCUCAGGCAGCAGCAGCAGCAGCAGCAACAGCAGCAGCAGCAGCAGCAGCAGCAACAGCAGCAGCAGCAGCAACAACAACAGCAGACCUCCCAAGUACAGGUUCCACAGAUCCAGGGCCAGGCUCAGUCCCCUGCACAGAUCAAAGCCGUGGGCAAGCUGGCACCGGAACACAUCAUCAAGAUGCAGAAGCAAAAGAUGCAGCUGCCACCGCAGCCUCCACCACCACAGGCCCAGCCUGGACCUCAGCCACCAGCGCAGGUGCAAGUGCAGCCCCCGCAACCCCCACAGCAGCAGAGCCCCCAGCUCACCACGGUCACGGCCCCAAGACCUGGGGCUUUGCUUACGGGCACCACAGUAGCCAAUCUUCAGGUGGCUCGGCUUACUCGGGUUCCCACUUCCCAGCUGCAGGCGCCAGGGCAGAUGCAAGCGCAGGCCCCUCCGCCAGCGCAGGUGGCCUUGGCGAAGCCUCCGGUGGUGUCUGUCCCAGCAGCCGUGGUGUCCUCGCCUGGCGUCACAACCCUGCCCAUGAACGUCGCAGGCAUCAGCGUGGCGAUUGGGCAGCCUCAGAAAGCAGCAGGGCAGACCGUUGUGGCCCAGCCUGUGCAUGUCCAGCAGCUGCUGAAGCUCAAGCAGCAGGCUGUGCAGCAGCAGAAGGCUAUCCAGCCACAAGUUGCCCAGGGCCAGACUGCCGUCCAGCAGAAGCUAACUGCACAACAGAUUGCUGCUCAGAGCCCACAGCAGAAGGUCGCAUAUGCUGCCCAACCAGCACUUAAAACCCAGUUUUUGACUACACCCAUAUCACAGGCCCAGAAACUGGCUGGGCCUCAGCAAGUACAGACCCAAAUCCAGGUUGCAAAACUUCCACAAGUUGUCCAGCAACAAACACCUGUGGCCAGCAUUCAGCAGGUUGCCUCUGCUUCUCAGCAGGCUUCUCCGCAGACAGUGACCCUCACACAGGCAGCGACAGCAGGGCAGCAGGUGCAGGUGAUCCCAGCGGUGACUGCCACAGCCCAGGUGGUGCAGCAGAAGCUCAUACAGCAGCAGGUGGUGACCACAGCUUCAGCCCCACUUCAGACCCCUGGGGGUCCAAGCCCAGCACAGGUCCCAGCCAGCUCCGACAGCCCAAGCCAGCAGCCCAAGCUGCAGAUGAGAGUUCCUGCCGUGAGAUUAAAGACACCCACCAAGCCUCCGUGCCAGUAGGAAGGAAGGCAAGAGAGGCCUUUGCAUGGAGAACACCACGCCAUUUCUGGGUGCUGGGGUAGCACCCUGCAGAACAGACAGCACUCGGCAGCCACUGUCAGUGCAGAGUUGUGUGAGACUAUCUUAACAUGUGCGACGCUGCAGGAAGAAUGGUCCUAUCUGUGUUUGUGACAAGUUGAAAAAGUGACAAUGGAGACGUUUCUUUCAGUUUUCCUCCAAGGCAGUGGUGCUUGUUUUGAAAGCCAUGUAGAGUUUCUAUUAGUACGUAGUAUUUAGCACGCUCCAGAAGCCAUUGGGCAUGUGCAGUGAAGUCAUAAAAUAGACUCUACUUGCUAAAACCUGGCCUCUGGCACUGUCUGCUGUGGUUUGGGUAGAAGACUCAGCCACCUCCUCAAGGAAUGAUCGCAGAAGAUAACCUGAGACCAGCUUCUCGCUCCAUAGGCACCACUGAGGAUGUCCCCCCUCGUAAUGCAUGGUUUAAUUCCAACGGGAAAUACUUAGUACUGAUUCCCACCCAGGUACACCUGGCGUACCCCUGCUCACGUGGAAGGAACCUGUGACUGGAUUUUCAUUCCAAAGAAUGGCCAGUGUGGCUUCUGGCCCUGCCACAGUAGUGGGAGCUUUCACUUGAAGGAGCUUUGGGUCCCAUGCCAUCUCUGUAUGCCACACGUCUCCAGGGAACUUUUGUGAAACUUCUGGUGUGAGGCCCACGGUGGCACAUCUUGUUGGGUUGCAGAUGUCACACAAUGUGUGGCAGUAAGACAACUCAGUGGGAUCUGGGAACAGGGUCACGGACCCCUUGCUGUAGCCCUGCCCUGCCCUGUCCUGGCUUGUUCUGGAAAGCAUUCUGUCCACGCAUUCAGAGGGACCCUAUGGGGCCAGCACACCAACUUCUGUUGCAUGGUAGCAGCAAACUUGUGGUUCUGCGGGUCAGCUGGAGUGCUGCUGUCCAGCUGGGGCAGGCCUGAGUUGAGGGGGUGUCAUGUGUACCUUUUAGGGUUGGGUAGGCCAACUGUGGCUCUUCCCCUUACUGUUCUCACUGAGGAGGUCAGCACCCAACAGCACACAUCAGUGUCAUGCCACUGCAGCCGCGUAAUUGUAUCUGCUGUUCCCAUUUCAUCAAGUCCACACUACAGUAUCUUCUGCCUCCGUGGCUUGUGUACGCCAGAAUGUGGUGGCAUUUUCCAACACUUACCCCAAACUUCCUUUUGAGUUACUGAUUUGACAUUUGGAAAAAAGCAUAAGCCAAGUGUUGCAAAAACAGACUUGACAUGUUAUUUGUCAGCUGAGCACUGUCUGCUCACAGCAGGCCAUAGUCCUCUCCUGGUGUGCUGUACCAGGGAGCAUGGUCUCCCCCACACUCUUCAGAUCUGGCUCCUCGUGACAGCGUCUGCUUGUCAGUACUGUGCUCAUCCUUCUUUGUUCCUCCCACCAUGUUGGCAGCCUUUUCUUAGAAGCCAAAAGCUGUAUCACUUAUUUCAGCAGGCCCUACAUGGACUAUCUGCCAAAGUUCUCUGCAAGUCUGGAAGAGCAGAUUGGGGCUUGCCCCCGAGCAGACUUGGGAUUGAGGGCACUUGUGGGCUGGCCUCCUACCCAAGCAUCUCCUCUCACUCUGAAGUGUGCCUGCAGCAGGCUCCAAUACACAAUGCGAGCAGACUUGUUCAUACUGUCACUUGGUGACAGCAGCUCCCACCAACCUGAGUGAUCUCCUUUCCUGCCUUCCUCCUCUAAGGAAGUAUGUAUGAGGUUUUCAGAACAGAACAUAAAUGCAGAAUCUAGAACUGCAGACUAACUAACCCCGUGGCAAACAGGACCCAACUAGUCUUAAAGCAAGAGGAAGGCCAGACAUUUCUAAUGCUCCCUAGGGGUGAGUCAAGUGUGGGACAAGCAGAUGCUGGACAGGCAAGGGCUUCCUUUGUGCGGUUGUUUUUGUUCACUUUGUAACGUUAGCUGUUGUGUUUCAGAAUAUAAGGAACAAGUCUGAAUUGUAAAUACUUUGUAAACACAAGCAUUUGUACUUGAAGAGUAGGAUUUUAAAGGGUACUGAUGUGUCCUACCAAAUGAAAGGCAUAAUAAAGUGCCCCUUUUUUAUA